UAGGUAGAGUUCCCUGUGACGAUUCCACGCAGAUCAUUUGGUGUUAGUUGAGCUCUCUGUUUGUGUUAAGACUCCUCUGCCGAUUGAAACUAUCAAACUACCGGAACAUUUAGCACCAGAAACAGCUAACACCGUCGGCAACCGGAACGGAAACUCUCCGGUGAUGAAACGGCAUUAGGACGACCGUAACUUUGGUGAUGUGUGUAGCGGUGCUGAUGGAGACGCUCUGAGGGUGACACUGGGAAAGUCCUCACCCUUCCUCCUUCUUCCUCACUCUUCCUCACCCUUCCUCCCGCUGAAAGCUGCACACAUGUUUUCUCUCGGUCAGGAAAACAUCCCCUCCUCCCCGGCCUCCACCAAAGGACCAGUGAAAUAUGGAGAGCUCAUUGUUCUGGGGUGUAAUGGCUCUCUGCCAAACGGUGACAAGGGGAGGAGGAAAAGCCGCUUCGCUCUGUGUCGCAGGAACAAGGCCAACGGCGUGAAACCGAGCACCGUGCACUCCUCGUGCACGCCUCAGGCUGCCAAGGCUGUGAGCAACAAGGAGCAGCACAGUAUUUCCUACACUCUGUCCCGGGCACAGACGGUGGUGGUGGAGUACACGCAGGACGGCGGCACGGACAUGUUCCAGAUUGGUCGCUCCACAGAGAUUCCCAUUGACUACGUGGUGACGGACACGCUGCCCGGGGGUCAGAUCCAGGUGGACGGUCAGACGGUUCAGAGCACCAUCUCCCGCUUCGCCUGCCGCAUCAUCUGCCAGAGAGACGCUCCGUUCACCGCACGCAUCUACGCCGCCGGCUUCGACUCCUCCAAGAACAUCUUCCUCGGGGUAGGCUGCAGAAACUGGGGCAGCUAGAG